GUGACUGUGGUGUAAGAAUACGUCGAGAUGACGAUUACACCGGACGUCAGGCUGGAGUACUUGGAGGGAGUAGCUUCCGUCAUCCUGAAGUUCAAGCCAGACAAGUGGAGCAAAAUGAUCGGAGCGGAAGAGAACAUGGCCUUAUUCACCGAAUUCUUUGAGAAGCCGGAGGUCUUGGUGCUGCUGUUGACGCUCAAUCCCUCCGGCAUGAUCAUACCCUGCCUGGGCUUCCCAGCGUCGCUCAAGUCCAAAGGCGUUUACUUCAUCAAGAAGAGACCUGAAAACAUCAGCAAGGACAACUACAGGGACCGGUUCAUCUACGGGGACAUAAGCCCGACGCCGGUGGACCAGCUGAUUGCCAUCGUGGAGGAGGUCCUCUACUUUCUGUUAAACCAAAGUGAAAACAUGAGCGGAUGGCCCCGGGUGGUCUCGGAGGACAUUGUGAAGCAAGUCCAUAAGCUGAAGAAUGAAAUGUUUGUGAUGGGGGGCAAGAUCCAAGGGAAGACUCUGCUGCCCAUUCCAGAGCACCUGGGGAGCCUGGACGGCACGCUGGAGUCCAUGGAAAGGAUCCCUGCUUCCCUGGACAACUCGCUGCUGCACGCCAUCGAAACCAUCAUCAUCGACUGGUCCCACCAGAUCAGAGAUGUGCUGAGCAAAGACUCAGCUCAGGCCCUGCUGGACGGGCUGCACCCCCUGCCCCGAGUUGAGUUUGAGUUCUGGGACGCCCGGCUGAUGAAUCUCAAGUGCAUCCAUGAGCAGCUAAACAGGCCCAAAGUGAACAAAAUAGUUGAGAUCCUGGAAAAAGCCAAAAGCUGCUACUGGCCAGCCCUGCAGAAUGUGUAUAUGAACAUCACUGAAGGGCUGAAGGAAGUCAACGACAUUGUUCUGUAUCUGAAGCCUCUGCGGAUCUUGUUGGAGGAGAUGGAACAGGCUGACUUCACAGUGCUCCCGAGCUACAUUGCCAAGGUGCUGUACACCAUCUGCUUCAUCUGGGCCACCUCCGAGCACUAUAACACGCCCUCCAGGAUCAUCGUCAUCCUGCAGGAGUUCUGCAACCAGAUCAUUGAGAUGACACGAACUUUCCUGAGCCCAGAAGAGGUGCUGAAAGGCUUGCAAGGUGAAAUAGAGGAGGUCCUGAGUGGCAUCUCUCUGUCUGUGAACGUCCUGAAGGAGCUCUACCGGAUCUACGACUUCUGCUGCACAAACAUGAGGCUGUUCUUUAAGAAAAACAAGGAGCCAGUGCUGUGGGAAUUCCCUUCUUCUCUUGCAUUUUCCAGAAUGAAUUCCUUCUUCCAUCGCCUCCAGACCAUUGAGGACCUUUAUAAAACAGCUAUUGAGUUUCUGAAGCUAGAGAAAAUCGAGCUCGGGGGAGUGAGGGGGAACAUCCUGGGAAGCCUGGUCACUCAGAUAUACGAUGAGGUCUUUGAGCUGGUGAAGGUUUUCGCCGACUGCAAAUAUGACCCCCUGGACCCUGGAGAUUCGAGUUUUGAUGACGAUUACGCUGAUUUUGAGACCAAAAUUCAAGAUCUGGAUAGGAGGCUGGCCACAAUCUUUUGCCAAGGGUUUGACGACUGCAGCUCCAUUGAGUCCUGUGCAAAGCUCCUGCACAUGUGUGGGGGCCUCUUGGAGCGACCUCUGAUUCUUGCUGAGGUGGUGCCCAGGUACUCGGUCAUGCUGGAGCUGUUUGAUGCCGAGCUGGACAACACCAAGAUCUUGUAUGAUGCCCAGAUUGCAGCCUCCGCAGGCGGGAAUAUCCCCCCGAUCCACAAAAACAUGCCCCCGGUGGCCGGGCAGCUCAAAUGGAGCCUGGAGCUGCAGGAGAGGCUGGAGGCGCCCAUGAAGGACCUAAGGCACAUAGAGCACCCGGUCAUGUCCAGCGUGGAGGCCAAGCUGAUCUACCAGAAAUAUGACGAGAUGAUGGAGCUGCUGAGGCACUACCGUGAGAAGAUCUACCAGCAGUGGGUGGCAGGAGUGGACCAGGACUGCCACUUCAACCUGGGGCAGCCCCUGAUACAGCGGGACCCCGUCACAAACCUCAUCCAGGUCAACUUCAGCAAAGCGUUGGUGGCAGUUCUGAGAGAAGUCAAGUACUUGAACUUCCAGGAACAAAAAGAGAUCCCAAGCAGUGCAGAGAAUCUGUUCUCACAGCAUGAAACCUUCCGGAAGUUUGUGGGCAACUUGGAACUCAUCGUUGGCUGGUAUAAUGAGAUAAAGACCACUGUGAUGGAUGUAGAAUUUCCACUAGUGAAGUCAGAAUUGGAAGCAAUCGAUGUCAAGUUAUUGGGCGCUGAAACGACGUUGUUCUGGAAUGGCGAAGGUGUGUUUGAAUAUAUUCAAGAGAUGCGAGAAAUUCUACAUAACUUGCAGAACAGGAUACAAAAAGCAAAGCAAAAUAUAGAUGGGAUUUCCCAGGCCACGAAGGAUUGGUCUGCCAACCCGAUGUUUGAAAGAAAGGACAACAAGAAAGAUGCUCUGUUGGACUUGGAUGGAAGGAUGGUCAAUCUCAACAAACGCUACACCGCAGUCAAGGAUGCUGGCCUGAAGAUCCAGGCCAUGGUUGCAGAAAACGCAGAGCUGUUCAGAGCGGACACCACGAGCCAUUCCUGGAAAGAUUAUGUCAACUACAUUGACAGCAUGGUCUUAGACGAAUUUGACCAGUUCAUUCGCAAAUCUCUAAAUUACCUGAUGGACAACAUGGUUACAGAUGAGAGCGUGGCGCCGCUGUUUGAGGUCCACAUGGAGCUGGAUGAGGACGGGCUGGUCUUCAAUCCAUCCCUGGAGAUGGGUGGGAACCAUGGCUUCCUGGCGCUGAUCGAGAGCCUGAUCACUGACAUCUACAAUGCUGCCAAGCUCAUCCCCCGACUGGCCAAGGGCAGAAUGAACUACAAGAUGGACCUGGAAGACACGGCGGACCUCAUCGAGAUGAGGGAGGAGAUGUCCAACCUGGUCAUCAGCGCCAUGAAGGAGGCCGAGGAGUACCAGGACUCUUUUGAGAGGUACUCCUAUCUCUGGAUGGAUGACCCCCGGGAGUUCAUGAAGAACUUCCUGAUCUACGGGCGUGCGGUCACCCCGGAGGACUUGGACGACCGGGGUGAAGCCUCCCUCCCCAAGACGCCACCCACCCUCACACAGUUCCAGCAACAGAUCGACUCGUACGAAAAGCUGUAUGAGGAAGUGUCCAGGAGCGAGAACACCAAGGUGUUCAGUGGCUGGCUGCAGUGCGACUGCCGCCCCUUCAAGCAGGCCCUGCUCAACACCAUCAAGCGAUGGAGCUUCAUGUUCAAGCGACACCUGAGCGACCACGUCAUCCACAGCCUUGCUGACCUGGAAGCCUUCAUGAAAGUCGCGAGGAUGGGCCUGACGAAGCCCCUCAAGGAGGGGGACUAUGACGGUCUCGUAGAGAUGAUGGGGCAUCUGAUGAAGGUCAAGGAGAGGCAGGUGGCGACUGACACCAUGUUUGAGCCCCUGAAACAAACCAUUGAGCUGCUCAAGACCUACGGGGAGGAGAUACCUGAGGAAACUCACGUGAAGCUGCAGGAACUGCCGGAGCAGUGGACAAACACCAAGAAACUGGCCAUUCAGGUGAAACAGAACGUGGCGCCCCUCCAGGCCAAUGAGGUCAACAUCCUGAGGCGAAAGUGCCAGCAAUUCGAGCUCAAGCAGCACGAGUUCAGAGAGAAGUUCAGACGAGAAGCCCCGUUCACCUUCAGUGACCCCGACCCCUACAAGUCCCUGAAUAAGCAACAAAAGAGCAUCGCGGCCAUGGAGAGCAUCAUGGAGGCGCUGUGCAAGUCUGGGAGCCUGUUCGAAGUCACAGUCCCAGAUUAUAAGCAGCUCAAAGCUUGUCACAAAGAGGUCCGCCUGCUGAAGGAGCUCUGGGACAUGAUCGUAAUGGUGAACACCAGCAUCGAUGACUGGAAGACCACCAAGUGGAAAGAUAUCAAUGUUGAGCAGAUGGACUUAGAUUGUAAGAAGUUUGCCAAAGAUGUGAGGUCUUUGGACAAGGAGAUGAAGACCUGGGAUGCCUUCGUGGGGCUGGACAACAUGGUGAAGAACAUGAUCACGUCCCUGCGUGCCGUGAGUGAGCUGCAGAACCCCGCCAUCCGGGACCGCCACUGGCAACAGCUCAUGCAGGCCACGCAGGUGAAAUUUGAAAUGUCAGAUGAGACCACCCUGGCGGAUUUACUCCAGCUGAACCUACACAAAUAUGAGGAUGAGGUCCGAAAUAUUGUAGACAAGGCUGUGAAGGAGUCCGGGAUGGAAAAGGUGCUGAAAGCCCUGGAUGGUACCUGGUCCACCAUGGAGUUUGAGCAUGAGCUGCACCCGCGGACAGGCACCAUGAUGCUCAAGUCGGAUGAGGUGCUGGUGGAGACGCUGGAGGACAACCAGGUGCAGCUGCAGAACCUGAUGAUGUCCAAGUACCUGUCCCACUUCCUGAAGGAGGUGACGAGCUGGCAGCAGAAGCUGUCCACAGCGGACUCGGUCAUCUCCAUCUGGUUUGAGGUCCAAAGAACCUGGAGCCACCUAGAGAGCAUCUUCAUUGGUUCUGAAGACAUCCGUGCCCAGCUGCCGGAGGACUCCAAGCGCUUCGAAGAUAUCGACCUGGAAUUCAAGGCCUUGAUGGAAGAGGCAGUGAAAACGCCCAACGUGGUGGAAGCCACCAACAAACCAGGUCUCUACGACAAACUUGAGAACCUGAAGAAGAGGUUGGCCGUGUGCGAAAAGGCCUUGGCGGAAUAUCUAGAGACAAAAAGACUGGCUUUCCCAAGAUUCUACUUUGUGUCCGCGGCUGACCUCCUGGACAUUCUCUCCAACGGAAAUAACCCCGUGGAGGUGAGCCGCCACCUGUCCAAACUCUUCGACAGCCUGUGUAAACUGAAGUUCCGGCUCGACACCGACGGGAAGCCUCUCAAAGUUGGCCUGGGCAUGUACAGCAAAGAGGACGAGUACGUGGAUUUUGAUCGAGAAUGUGACCUCUCAGGGCAGGUGGAAGUCUGGCUGAACCGCGUGCUGGACCGAAUGUGUGCCACGCUCCGACACGAAAUCCCAGAAGCCGUGGUGACAUACGAGGAAAAGCCGAGGGAGCAGUGGAUCUUUGACUACCCAGCCCAGGUCGCGCUCACGUGCACUCAGAUCUGGUGGACCACCGAGGUGGGCCUGGCAUUUGCGAGGCUGGAGGAAGGCUACGAAAACGCCAUCAAAGAUUACAACAAAAAGCAGAUCAAUCAGCUGAAUGCGCUCAUCACCCUGCUCAUCGGAAACCUCAGUGCAGGCGACAGGAUGAAGAUCAUGACCAUCUGCACCAUCGACGUGCACGCCCGGGACGUGGUGGCCAAAAUGAUCCUGGCCAAGGUAGAGAGCUCCCAGGCCUUCACCUGGCAGUCCCAGCUGCGGCACCGCUGGGACGAGGAGAAGAGACACUGCUUUGCCAACAUCUGUGACGCCCAAAUCCAGUAUUCCUAUGAGUACCUGGGCAACACGCCGCGCUUGGUCAUCACCCCACUCACCGACAGAUGCUACAUAACCUUGACCCAGUCCCUCCACCUGAUCAUGGGCGGAGCCCCCGCUGGCCCCGCUGGGACCGGCAAGACGGAGACAACCAAGGACCUGGGCAGAGCCCUGGGCACCAUGGUGUAUGUCUUCAACUGUUCCGAGCAGAUGGACUACAAGUCUUGUGGAAACAUCUACAAGGGGCUGGCCCAGACCGGAGCCUGGGGCUGCUUUGAUGAAUUUAACCGAAUCUCGGUGGAAGUCCUGUCGGUGAUUGCUGUCCAGGUGAAAUGUGUCCAAGAUGCGAUUCGGGCCAAGAAAAAAACUUUUAAUUUCCUGGGAGAGAUGAUAAGUCUCAAUCCCACCGUCGGCCUCUUCAUCACCAUGAACCCUGGGUAUGCCGGGCGCACGGAGUUGCCUGAGAACUUAAAGGCCUUGUUCAGGCCCUGUGCUAUGGUGGUCCCCGACUUUGAGCUGAUAUGCGAGAUCAUGCUGGUGGCCGAGGGCUUUCUGGAAGCCCGCCUUCUGGCCAGGAAGUUUAUCACACUCUACACCUUGUGCAAAGAGCUGCUCUCAAAGCAGGAUCAUUACGACUGGGGCUUGCGAGCCAUCAAGUCUGUGCUGGUGGUGGCUGGCUCCCUGAAGAGGGGCGACCCCAGCCGAGCAGAGGACCAGGUGCUCAUGAGGGCGCUGAGGGACUUCAACAUCCCCAAGAUCGUGACCGAUGACCUGCCCGUGUUCAUGGGGCUGAUCGGGGACCUCUUCCCGGCCCUGGACGUGCCUCGGAAACGGGACCUGAAUUUUGAAAAGAUCAUCAAGCAGAGCGUCGUGGAGCUCAAGCUGCAGGCAGAAGACAGCUUCGUGCUGAAGGUCGUGCAGCUGGAGGAGCUGCUGCAAGUCCGGCACUCAGUGUUCGUCAUCGGGAACGCGGGCAGCGGCAAGUCUCAGGUCCUCAAGUCUCUCAACAAGACCUAUCAGAACCUGAAGAGGAAGCCAGUGGCCGUGGACCUGGACCCAAAGGCCGUCACCUGCGACGAGCUCUUCGGCAUCAUCAACCCGGCGACCAGGGAGUGGAAAGACGGCCUUUUCUCCACCAUAAUGCGGGACCUGGCCAACAUCACUCACGACGGCCCCAAGUGGAUUGUCCUGGAUGGGGACAUAGACCCCAUGUGGAUCGAAUCUCUCAACACCGUCAUGGAUGACAACAAGGUCCUCACCCUGGCCAGCAAUGAGCGGAUCCCCCUGAACCGCACCAUGAGGCUGGUGUUUGAGAUCAGCCACCUGAGGACAGCCACCCCGGCCACCGUCUCCAGAGCCGGCAUUCUUUACAUCAACCCAGCAGAUCUGGGAUGGAACCCGGUGGUGAGCAGCUGGAUUGAGAGGCGCAAGGUGCAGUCUGAAAAGGCCAACCUGAUGAUCCUCUUCGACAAGUACUUGCCCACGUGCCUGGACAAGCUGCGCUUCGGAUUCAAGAAGAUCACGCCGGUGCCUGAGAUCACGGUCAUCCAAAUGAUCCUGUACCUGCUCGAGUGCCUCCUCACGGAGAAGAACGCGCCGCCCGACUCCCCCAAGGAGCUCUACGAGCUCUACUUCGUGUUCGCCUGCUUCUGGGCCUUCGGGGGGGCCAUGUUCCAGGACCAGCUCGUAGAUUACCGGGUCGAGUUCAGCAAAUGGUGGAUCAACGAAUUUAAAACGGUCAAGUUCCCCUCGCAAGGAACCAUCUUUGACUACUACAUAGAUCCCGACACUAAAAAGUUCCUGCCAUGGACGGACAAGGUGCCCUCCUUUGAGCUGGAUCCUGAUGUCCCACUGCAGGCCUCUCUGGUGCACACCAUCGAGACCAUCCGCAUCCGCUACUUCAUGGACUUGCUCAUGGAGAAGUCGUGGCCAGUGAUGCUGGUGGGGAACGCGGGGACAGGCAAGUCGGUGCUGAUGGGAGACAAGCUGGAGAGCCUGGACAGCGACAGCUACCUGGUGCAGGCUGUGCCCUUCAACUUCUACACCACCUCAGCCAUGCUGCAGGGGGUUCUGGAGAAGCCACUGGAGAAGAAAUCAGGGAGGAACUACGGGCCACCAGGCACCAAGAAGCUGAUCUACUUCAUCGACGACAUGAACAUGCCCGAGGUGGACAAGUACGGGACGGUGGCUCCCCACACACUCAUCCGACAGCACAUGGACCAUGGGCACUGGUAUGACAGACAGAAGCUGACGCUGAAGGACGUCCAUAACUGUCAGUACGUGGCUUGCAUGAAUCCCACUUCUGGAUCCUUCACCAUCGACCCCAGACUUCAGCGCCACUUCUGCGUGUUUGCUGUGAGCUUCCCAGGCCAGGACGCCCUCACGACCAUCUACAACACGAUCCUGGCCCAGCACCUGGCCUUUCGCUCCGUCCCCGUGGUGGUUCAGAGGAUGAGCAGCCAGCUGGUGGCCUCGGCCCUGGCCCUGCAUCAGAAAGUCACAACAACAUUUCUUCCCACGGCCAUUAAGUUUCACUAUGUCUUCAACCUCAGGGACCUCUCCAAUAUUUUCCAGGGACUCUUAUUCUCCACAGCAGAGGUCCUGAAAACCCCACUUGACCUCGUUCGCCUCUGGCUGCAUGAAGCUGAAAGAGUGUACGGCGACAAAAUGGUCGAUGAGAAAGACCAGGAAAUAUUGCGCAGAAUCACCAUUGCUUCCACCAAGAAGUUCUUUGACGAUCUUGGUGAUGAGCUCUUAUUUGCCAAACCGAAUAUCUUCUGCCACUUUGCUCAAGGGAUUGGGGAUCCCAAAUACCUCUCGGUAACCGACACGGCUCAUCUGAACAAGCUCCUAGUGGACGUCCUAGACAGUUACAAUGAAGUCAAUGCAGUCAUGAACUUGGUGCUGUUUGAAGAUGCGGUGGCUCACAUCUGCAGGAUCAAUCGCAUUCUGGAGUCUCCCCGGGGGAAUGCCCUGCUGGUGGGGGUGGGCGGCAGUGGCAAGCAGAGCCUCUCGCGCCUGGCCGCCUACAUCAGUGCCCUGGACGUGUUUCAGAUCACCCUCAAGAAGGGCUACGGGAUCCCAGACCUCAAGGUUGACCUGGCCGCCCAGUACAUCAAGUCGGCCGUGAAGAACGUUCCCUCAGUGUUCCUGAUGACAGACUCCCAGGUGGCCGAGGAGCAGUUCCUGGUGCUGAUCAAUGACCUGUUGGCCUCGGGGGAGAUCCCGGGGCUGUUUAUGGAGGACGAGGUGGAGAACAUCAUCUCCUCCAUGCGACCGCAAGUGAAGUCCCUUGGCACAACCGACACUCGGGAAGCAUGCUGGAAAUUCUUCAUUGAAAAAGUGCGCAGGCAGCUGAAGGUGAUUCUGUGUUUCUCCCCUGUGGGCUCUGUCCUACGUGUUCGAGCAAGAAAAUUCCCUGCUGUGGUCAACUGCACGGCCAUCAACUGGUUCCAUGAGUGGCCAGAAGACGCCCUGGUGUCCGUCAGUGCCCGCUUCCUGGAAGAAACCGAGGGGAUUCCGCCAGAAGUCAAGACCUCCAUCAGCCUGUUCAUGUCCUACGUGCACACCACCGUCAACGAGAUGUCCAAGGUGUACUUGGCCACCGAGAGGCGCUACAACUACACCACGCCUAAAACCUUUCUGGAGCAGAUCAAGCUCUACCAGAACCUGCUGGCCAGGAAGAGAAUGGAGCUGGUCGCCAAAAUCGAGAGGCUGGAAAACGGCCUGAUGAAACUGCAGAGCACGGCUUCUCAGGUGGAUGAUUUAAAAGCCAAGCUGGCGGUUCAGGAGGCUGAGCUCAAGCAAAAAAAUGAGAAUGCAGACAAGCUGAUCCACGUGGUGGGGGUGGAAACCGAGAAGGUCAGCAAAGAGAAAGCCAUUGCUGACGAGGAGGAGAUCAAGGUGGAGGUCAUCAACAAGAAUGUCACUGAGAAACAAAAGGCUUGUGAAACGGACCUGGCCAAGGCAGAGCCGGCCCUGCUGGCCGCGCAGGAAGCUCUUGACACUCUGAAUAAGAACAACCUGACAGAGCUGAAGUCCUUCGGGUCCCCCCCAGACGCCGUGGUCAAUGUCACGGCCGCUGUCAUGAUCCUGACUGCACCCGGGGGCAAGAUCCCCAAGGACAAGAGCUGGAAAGCUGCAAAGAUCAUGAUGGGCAAAGUGGACACCUUCCUGGACUCCUUGAAAAAGUUUGACAAGGAGCACAUCCCUGAGGCCUGCCUGAAAGCCUUUAAGCCCUACCAAGGCAAUCCGACAUUUGACCCCGAGUUCAUUCGCUCCAAGUCCACGGCCGCCGCGGGCCUGUGCUCCUGGUGCAUCAAUAUCGUGCGUUUCUAUGAGGUCUACUGCGAUGUGGCCCCCAAGAGGCAGGCCCUGGAGGAGGCGAAUGCAGAACUGGCAGAGGCGCAAGAGAAGCUCUCCCGGAUCAAGAACAAGAUUGCUGAACUCAAUGCCAACCUGAGCAACCUAACGUCGGCAUUCGAAAAAGCCACAGCUGAGAAAAUCAAGUGCCAGCAGGAGGCCGAUGCCACCAACAGGGUGAUCUCGCUGGCUAACAGGCUGGUAGGAGGAUUGGCAUCAGAAAAUGUCCGCUGGGCUGAAUCGGUGCAGAACUUCAAAAGCCAGGGGGUCACUCUGUGCGGGGACGUCCUGCUGAUUUCCGCCUUUGUCUCCUAUGUGGGCUACUUCACCAAGAAAUACCGGAAUGAGCUGAUGGAGAAAUUUUGGAUCCCUUAUAUAAAUAAAUUAAAGGUCCCCAUCCCGAUCACGAAGGGUCUGGAUCCCUUGAGCCUGCUGACCGACGACGCUGACGUGGCCACUUGGAACAACCAGGGCCUCCCCAGUGAUCGCAUGUCCACUGAGAACGCCACCAUCCUGUGCAACACAGAGCGCUGGCCCCUCAUCGUGGACGCCCAGCUGCAAGGCAUCAAGUGGAUCAAAAACAAAUAUGGCGACCAACUGAAGGCCAUCCGCCUGGGACAGAAGAGCUACCUGGACAUCAUCGAGCGGGCUAUUUCAGAAGGGGACACCUUGCUCAUCGAGAACAUUGGCGAAACCGUGGACCCUGUGCUGGACCCUCUACUGGGCAGGAACACAAUUAAAAAGGGAAAGUUCAUCAAGAUCGGCGACAGGGAGGUGGAGUACCACCCCCAGCUCCGCCUGAUCCUGCACACCAAGUACUUCAACCCGCACUACAAGCCCGAGAUGCAGGCCCAGUGCACCCUGAUCAACUUCCUGGUCACCAGGGACGGGCUUGAGGACCAGCUUCUGGCCGCUGUGGUGGCCAAAGAGCGCCCGGAUCUAGAGCAGCUGAAGGCGAACCUCACCAAGUCUCAAAAUGAAUUUAAGAUUGUUCUGAAAGAGCUGGAAGAUUCUCUGCUGGCCCGUCUGUCUGCCGCAUCAGGGAACUUUCUGGGAGACACCGCCUUAGUGGAGAACCUGGAGACCACCAAACAUACGGCCCGCGAGAUCGAGGAGAAGGUGCAAGAGGCGAAAAUCACAGAAGUGAAGAUCAAUGAGGCGAGAGAGAACUACCGGCCGGCUGCGGAGAGGGCGUCCCUGCUGUACUUCAUCCUGAACGACCUCAGCAAGAUCAACCCCAUCUACCAGUUCUCGCUCAAGGCCUUCAACGUGGUGUUCGAGAAAGCCAUCCAGAAGACCGCCCCUGCCGAGGACGUCAAACAGCGAGUGGUCAACCUGAUGGAUGAGAUCACCUAUUCCGUCUACAUGUACACGGCCCGCGGGCUCUUCGAGCGAGACAAACUCAUCUUCUUGGCACAGGUUGCAUUUCAGGUCUUGUCCAUGAAGAAGGAGCUGAACCCAGUGGAGCUGGAUUUCCUCCUACGGUUCCCUUUCAAGGCGGGGGUCGUGUCGCCAGUGGACUUCCUACAGCACCAGGGAUGGGGAGGCAUCAAGGCCCUCUCAGAGAUGGAUGAGUUCAAAAACCUGGACAACGACAUUGAAGGCUCAGCUAAGCGGUGGAAGAAGCUCGUGGAGUCGGAAGCCCCAGAAAAGGAAAUCUUCCCCAAGGAGUGGAAGAACAAGACGGCUCUGCAGAAGCUCUGCAUGGUGAGGUGCAUGCGGCCGGACCGCAUGACCUACGCUGUCAAGAACUUUGUGGAGGAGAAGAUGGGCAGCAAGUUCGUGGAGGGCCGGAGCGUUGAGUUUUCCAAGUCCUACGAGGAAAGCAGCCCCUCCACUCCAAUCUUCUUCAUCCUUUCCCCCGGGGUUGACCCCUUAAAAGACGUGGAAGCCCUGGGGAAAAAACUGGGAUUUACCAUAGACAAUGGGAAACUCCACAACGUGUCCCUGGGGCAGGGACAAGAGGUGGUGGCAGAGAAUGCUCUAGAUGUGGCUGCAGAGAGGGGACACUGGGUCAUUCUGCAGAACAUCCACCUGGUGGCCCGGUGGCUGAGCACCCUGGACAAGAAGGUGGAGCGGUACAGCACAGGCAGCCACAAGGACUACCGCGUGUUCAUCAGCGCCGAGCCCGCCCCCAGCCCCGAGUCCCACAUCAUCCCCCAGGGCAUCCUGGAAAACGCCAUCAAAAUCACCAACGAGCCGCCCACGGGCAUGCACGCCAACCUGCACAAGGCCCUGGACCUCUUCACCCAGGACACCCUGGAGAUGUGCACCAAGGAGAUCGAAUUCAAGUGCAUUCUCUUCGCCCUGUGCUACUUCCAUGCCGUGGUGGCCGAGAGGCGCAAGUUUGGGGCCCAGGGCUGGAACAGGUCGUACCCCUUCAACAACGGAGACCUCACCAUCUCCAUCAACGUGCUCUACAACUACCUGGAAGCCAACACCAAGGUGCCCUGGGACGACCUCCGCUACCUCUUCGGUGAAAUCAUGUACGGUGGCCACAUCACGGAUGACUGGGACCGCCGGCUGUGCAGGACGUACCUGGCGGAGUACAUCCGGGCUGAGAUGCUGGAGGGAGAGAUCCUGCUGGCCCCGGGAUUUCAGAUCCCCCCAAACCUGGAUUACAAGGGCUAUCACGAAUACAUCGACGAGAACCUGCCCCCCGAGAGUCCCUACCUGUACGGCCUGCACCCCAAUGCGGAGAUUGGCUUUUUGACGGUCACCUCAGAGAAGCUGUUCCGCACUGUCCUGGAAAUGCAGCCCAAAGAGACCGAUUCGGGAGCAGGCACAGGAGUGUCUCGCGAGGAGAAGGUGAAGGCCGUGCUGGAGGAAAUCCUGGAGAAGAUCCCGGAGACGUUCAACAUGGCCGAGAUCAUGGCGAAGGCUGCUGAAAAGACCCCCUAUGUGGUAGUCGCCUUUCAAGAAUGUGAAAGAAUGAACAUCCUAACCAAUGAAAUGCGCCGUUCACUAAAGGAGCUGAACCUGGGGCUGAAGGGGGAACUGACCAUCACGACCGACAUGGAAGACCUGUCCACGGCUCUGUUCUACGACACGGUGCCUGAUACAUGGGUGGCCCGGGCCUACCCUUCCAUGAUGGGCCUGGCGGCCUGGUAUGCCGACCUGCUGCUCCGCAUCAGGGAACUUGAGGCCUGGACGACGGACUUUGCCCUGCCCACCACCGUGUGGCUGGCUGGCUUCUUCAACCCCCAGUCCUUCCUCACCGCCAUCAUGCAGUCCAUGGCCAGGAAGAACGAGUGGCCGCUGGACAAGAUGUGUCUGUCUGUAGAAGUGACCAAGAAGAACCGGGAGGACAUGACUGCUCCCCCACGAGAGGGCUCCUACGUGUACGGGCUCUUUAUGGAAGGAGCUCGCUGGGACAUCCAGACCGGAGUCAUUGCUGAAGCUCGGCUAAAGGAGCUGACGCCAGCCAUGCCUGUCAUCUUCAUCAAGGCCAUUCCUGUGGACCGCAUGGAAACCAAGAACAUAUAUGAGUGUCCCGUGUACAAAACACGCAUCCGAGGCCCCACCUACGUCUGGACCUUUAACCUGAAGACCAAGGAGAAGGCAGCAAAGUGGAUCCUGGCAGCUGUGGCGCUGCUCUUACAGGUCUAGCUCGCUCCCUGGGUCCUGCCCCAAGGCCCACGCUCCCCUGGGCCAGAUCCCAACCACAACUUCCAGUUUACAAUUAGAAAC